AUGGCGGCAAUUUGCAUCGACGAGCUGCCCUGUCUGGUCUCGUCGAAGACCAAAAAUGACUCGAGGUUAUCUGUGGUAGCAAACGAGGCCUCUCUCCCACCACGCCAUGCCGCGGACCAUCUUGUCGAUGUUUAUUUUCAGUAUCGCACGCCUCAUCUUCCAAUUGUGAACCGCUCCCAAGUUGAAGAAGCUGUUGAGAAUGCAUAUCUGCCCAGAGACGAUAACCGUCCGUCGAAUUGUUCAUUUGACAAGGACAACUUCAUUGCAUUUAUCGUUCUCGCGAUCGCUCUUUGUGACGUGUCCAAUGCAUCUGGAGGUCGCCCAGCUCAAAGCGAGGGUUGCUUCCGAUCCGCUAUCAGCUGGAUCGAGAAACUCAUCACAUACUCGGAAAGUGACGUUGAGACUCUGCGUUGUGUUCUUUUACUGGCACAAUUCGUGGCUCUUUGUCCUUCAUGGGGCAGCUUAUGGCACCUUACUGGUACUGCCCUACGCUUAUGUAUCGACAUAGGGUUACAUUGGGAAAGUGAAGAACAGGCUAUCAAUAUAGAUCCGAGGCUGUUGCAUGAUCGCCGCUGCUUAUGGUUUUCCACUUACCAGCUCGACCGUGACUUGUGUAUCACACUCGGUCGGCCUUUUGGAAUUAUCGACGAAAGCAUCCAAGUUCAACUUCCAAAUCCUUGGGCAGUCUCUUGCCGCUCACUUACGAGUAACUCCUACAACUUUGAUAUCCACAGCCAACGAGCUCAUAAUCACAUAUUCGCUCUGUCUAAACUUCAGUCAGAGAUUCGCCACGUGCUGCACAGUCAUCAAUGGCCUUUGAAAUUAGCAUACCCUAGGGUGAACUACUCGGCAUGGCUCCAAGAUAUCCAGCCUCGUCUUGAAGAGUGGUAUAAUACUGUUCCGCCGCCUAGCAAGGCUCACCCGUUAUCCAUAUUCGCCUGCCAGGCUUAUUGGGACGGUGUCUAUAACAACACAAUUCUUUUGCUGUAUCGGCCAAAUUCAAUAGUCUUGCAUUCGGUGACCGAGGUUUUUAUUUCAUUUGAAGCGGCUUGCAAGCUGAUCACAAGCAUUAAAGCCCUACAACGAGAAGGAAAGAUUGACAUAAUGUGGAAAUGGGUUCACCACCUCUUCAUAGCUGGACUUGCAGUGAUAUACGGCCUGUGGCACUCCAAAGAGAUACGGGACCGAAAAUCUGUAGGAAAUGUGAUUUCUUCGCUUCAGUCCUGCGCCUCGACACUCUCUGCUAUGUCUGAGACUUUCCCUGGUGCUUCAGGAUGUCGAGAUGCAUUUGAUACUCUCUCAUCAGCAACAAUUAACUGGCUAGUCACCAAAGACUCCGAGGAAAUACGACAAAACCCACUUGAAUUUGAGAAACAUGUGAAAGAUUUAAUGUCUGGAUUGCAGCCAUCCAGCAUAGCCAUGGGCACAGCCUACGAGAAAAAUGCCGCCGAUAUGUCUACUAUGUUGUCUACCAACAAUUCAACACUUUGCGAAAUGCUUAGGUCUGCCGCAGAGUGGCCCGAAUUUGAAGAUUUGGAUUUCAGUGACACGGUGCCACGAUAA